AUGCUCGGCUGGGCAGAUGAAAGACACAGAGAUAUCCGGCUAACUGCCGCAAGGAUUAUCGCCAACCUCGCUGACAACGUUACAGUUGCUGAUAUUCCGGGCGCGUUGAAGGUGGUGUGUUCGCUCCUUGAUGAUGAAGAAACUUCAGGGCAAACAACUUCUGGUAAUGGAGGAAAUGCAGCAGGUAGCCAACCUACAGACGAUGAAGAACUAGGGCAUGCACAAGACAGUAAUGGAGGGUGCAUUUGGGUAUGUCAGUCUUGGCAGAGGAUGAAAGACAAGUGGUUCAUUGUGGAGAAGCUGCCCUUGGCUGAUCAGGAGUCACUCCCCAUACUGGGCAUGGAAAUUCUGGAGAAGCUAGCUCAUGAUAUCAACAAUUGUGCAGAAAUUGCCAAUGCGUCAUACCUCAUUUCCAAAAUUAUAGGGCUCAUAAGUUACAGAGAUGACAACGAAAGUAGCAACAAUGAGCAGCAGUGUUCGGUGAUAUGUGCAUCGCUGAAUUUUGUCAGCAGGCUUGCAAGCACCGGAGAGAACAUUGGGGUAACACUUCGGCAAGAGCUGUGCAAAAACUUCUUUUUACUGAACAACCUCGAAUGUGUGUUAGAGGACAGCCGCAGCAGCCCUGAGCUGAUGAAACUGAUGAUUGAUAUCUUAACCAAGCUUGCCUUGGAUGAGGACGCAAGGAAAGAGAUUGGGUGCUGCAAGAUGAUUGUUUGGAAACUCAUGCAUGUAUUUAUUGGGAAGGAUGGAUCAACCAAUGCUUACAAUGAUCAGUCCCUGCGAAUGGCUGCAGGGGAAGCACUUGCAAACCUUACAACAGAGAGCCCUGCAAAUUGCUUGGUUAUCUUGGAAGUAACAGGAUAUGAAAUUAUCAAGGAUCUCAAGAACAUGUUGUGUGAAGAUGAGUACAUAUAUGUUCCCGCAAGUCUACUGCAGAAUAUUUGUGCGCAUGCCAAAGAUAAACUGCUCCAUCAAGAUGUAAGCAACCACCUGUCAUCUGCCUUCCCAAUGGUGAUGGAAAAUAUAAUGUCUGCGGAGGGAAAACACCUGGAGGUCCUGAUCGGCCUCGUAUCACAAAUCUGUGACAUGAUCCCAGAAUCAUUUAUCCAUGAUCAGAUACAGUUACGAACCAACCGAUCAGAGCUUGUUCAGAAGCUGGUUGGCACACUCAAUUCCAACAGAAAACCAAAUCCUGAAUACCCGAGAAUGAGAAGGGUCAUAGUUGAGAUGGUGAUAUCUAUUGUGAAAUUUUGUCCUCGCUAUGCAACUAUAUUGAGAGAAGGGGGGAUGAUGGAAGCACUGUCCAAGGUAGAAAUGACCCCAUCAAAAGUGGAGAAGCACAGGGUCUUCUUUGGCAACAUAGGCGUUAUUUUGGAGAGUGGCCCAUCUCUGACUGCUUUGGUGGCCACGGCAAAAGGAUUAAUUCAUUCUGCAGCUCCAACUAUUGCACUUAACCAGACGACCAUGCUUGAUUAA